AUGCGCCCUAGUAGUCCACCGCUGCUGCUCCUCGUGCUUUGCGCCGCCGCGGCGGCCCGUCGGCUCACCGUCGUGCCUCAGCCAGCGCUCACCGACGCCGAGACUGGCGCCUUCACCGUCAACGCGUCGGUCGUGGUGCCUCGCUUCGACCCAGGCCCCAAAGCGCUCGACUUUCUGCGGCGCGAGGGCUACGUCGUCAUCCGCGACGUCCUCAACGCCAGCGACCUCGCGCUCGCGCGGCGGCUCUUUUGGGCGUUUGUGGAGGGCGCCGGUGCUAGCUCCGCCGACCCUGCGAGCUGGCGGCGGGCGCUCUCUCCCAACCAGUACGGGAUCGCGUGGGGGCUCGGCGCCGGGCAGAGUCGGCUCAUGUGGCACGUGCGGACGCGGCCGCGGCUGCUGCAGAUGUUUGCGCUCGUGUGGGGCACCGACGACCUCCUCACGUCGUUUGAGGCCUUCUCGCUGCUGCCGCCGCGCGAGGCGGAGGCGGGGUGGAGCCUCGCGGAGAGCUGGUUCCACACCGACCAGAACGGCAGGUCGCGGCCCGGCCUGCAGACGGUCCAGUCCUUCACCUCUCUCUGGCCGCAGGACGAGCGCUCGGGCGCCUUUGUGGUCGUGCCUCGCGGCGCGUUCGUGGUCGUGCCUCAGUCGCACGCGCGGCACGAGGCGCUGACGCGGCGCGUGUACGCGGCGCGGCCGGGCACGUCGGACGAGCAGCAGUUCCUGAUGGAGAUUGAGGGGAGGCGGCCCGGGCGGGUGGUCGCCUACGCCUCCUUUGCGCCUCGCUCGCGGGCGGACAGUCGGACGGUCGUCCAGCGGCAGCGCGCCUUUGCCAGCGGGCAGACUUGCACGCACUGGCCCUUCGAGAUGACCUGCCUCGAGCCACCGCAGGCCGUGGGCGAGCCAGCGGUGGAUAGUCUCAGCGCCGGGCAUACCCAUGUGUACACCCAGAAAGAACCCUGCACAAAGAUCGCAAGGGCGGGGACCUGUUCCUUUUUACCCAUCUCACAGUAG